AUGUGUGAAGGGUUGUUUUGUUACGAGAACUUAUGUGGGAUCCACAUUGUGGUGACGCAGGAGCUGAUGUGGCGUUUUGACACAUGCAAGGCUGCUGUGUACUAUGUAUCGAGUACCAGUUCAACCAUUGACGAUUGCCUUUGUUUGCGGCUUGUGGGACAUGGCAAGU